CAGGAUUUAUCGUAUUCGCCGUUAACCAGCUAAUUUUAUUUUGCAGGGUAACUUGGUAUGAAGACAGUUUAUCCUUGACUUACCAUGAAAUAUGGAUUCACAGAAAUCAUCGGUCAAUUGCACGAAAAUCCUAUUGAAUUUCUUUGUUAUCUGAAUUUUAUGCCAAGAGAACCAAUGAAGGAAUCUGGCAAUGCUAUUACGUUAUAUUUUACAGUGAUUCAAUUCAGUGAAUAUUGCAGAAGUGGCCCAGUGGAUUUCAAGCAAAUACGUUUUCAGUAAAGUUUUUCACGUUUCAAUAAUUAAAAACAUGCAUUACUUUUCAAUACUAAGCUACCGGUAUCACUGGCUAUGUCUUGACACAAAGCCUAGCCAGUUGAUAACAGAUUCGGCUUAUUUCAUCCAUGCAAUCUGUUAUUGAGUUUUUUGAUUAGAGGAAUGAAAGUGGAAUCCAGUAAUAGAGAUAGAAGUAGGCCUACCCUUAUAAUCUUUGGAUGAAACUUUGGAAUUAAACCAAAUUUUCUAUUUUAACUUGACAGUCAGCUUAAAAAUCAAUGAAUCUUCAAAUAAUAUCACCAAUUCAGACAAUGAUUAAUAGAAUAUUUACUUUCAAUUAAGUUAUCCAAAAUAAAACUCUUUGAAAACAGUAUAUGUGAUAUAUUUUGAAAUUCCUCCAGCUAUUGGCUAUUUCAGCGAUUUUUUAAUGCAUUCAAGGUUACUAAAAUAUAUUACCAACAAAGUGAAAUUCAAAAUUCAUAAAUAAUAAUAACUACCUUAUACCAUAAUGUAUGAAUCCUUAUUCUAUAUUCUUAUUAGAUGAUUGCCUGUCUGACUAAACAAUUGUGAAUUUGCUUAUCUUAUCUGAAAUCCAUCAAUUCGUCUUAUUCAUUAGAUCCUUCGAUUACCAUUGAAUAAAUUAUUUUUCGAAUCAGUUUUGCUUCUCUAGUGGUUCUGGAACUAGUUGGCCUACUGAUCAUCGAGUCAGUGAGUAAGUGAGUUCAAGAAAUUGAACUAAAAUGACUGAACUUUUAGUCGCUUGUUGCAGGUCUGCUGAUUGACCACACCUAGUGGACUUUCUUGAUCUGACGUCUUCCUCUUUCUGUUUUUAAUAUAUUCGCUGCUUGACUUUGACCCUCAUUCAGGAAUCCAGUUCCGAACCGAUGCGCACGCGCGUAAUGCUCUCUCUCCUUCUUCCGGUGUUACUCUCUUCAUUAGGCUCUUUUGGACUCACACAGGAGAACGAUGUGAAAAUUGACUGGAGCUUCUUCAACUGUCAUAUACAACUCUACGAACCAUGUCCAUCCAGUAAAAUAUUAUUCUAUCUCUUCACAAACAAAUCGGACUUGCCGUACAGACUAGAUUCGAGUGACCCCCGACUUCCGACCGCUGUCAAUUCAUCCCUGCCGUUGAAAGUGAUAAUUCAUGGCUACGCGGGGCGUGUUCUCACUGAUCCUACUUCUCAAAUAAGAACAGAGUACCAGCGAACGGGUGGCGUGAACGUGCUGGUGGUUGACUGGGGCCGCCUGGCCAAACUGCCGUGCUACCCGACGGCAGUGCUGAACACGGCACAGGUGGGCCAAUGCACGGCCGAGUUCCUCGCAGCCCUGGUCAGGCGGCCAGGCGCAAGGCCUAAGUAUGUGCACAUCAUCGGCUUCAGUCUGGGUGCACACAUCGCCUCCUUCGUCAGCAACUAUGUGCACAUGGCCACUGGCAGGAAGAUCUACAGGAUCACCGGACUUGAUCCAGCUCUUCCACUAUUCGCCAACUUGAAAACCAGCUACAAAUUGGACAAGAAAGAUGCCAGACAUGUGGACAUCAUCCAUACGAACAUAGGAGUGUUUGGCAAGAGAGAGCCAAUCGGGCAUGUCGACUUCUACGUCAAUGAGGGAUCAAUGCAACCGUCCUGCCACAAUCAUCGAAAUCCAUCUUUGUGUAGUCACAUGCUGGCACCCACCUACUUUGCUGAGUCGAUAUCGUCGCCAAAAGGGUUUUGGGGCACGUCUUGUCCCAGCUACCUGCAGUAUGCUUGGGGCUGGUGUCCACUCCAAGAAUCCGGACAACCCCAGGCACGCCAAAGAAUUCAAAUGGGUGAACAUAUUCUGAAAGGAGCAAGAGGUGUCUAUAUUGUGAAAACAGCAUUGAAUCCUCCAUAUGCCCUGGGAUAAUCUCAAAAUGUAAUCUCGUGAUGAACCUACUCAAACUCAAAGCUUCUCCAUACGUUGAGAUUAACCUUUCCAGUAUGAUCCAUUAGCUGGACUUGGAGG